AUGGCUAUUGUUUUAAUUAAAUCAUCUAAAAAACCAUUUAGUUUUAAUUGGCACUCAAACUAUUCAGCUGUAUAUAUAUAUAUAUAUAUAUCAAACAGUUGCCACAUUGCUUUGGUCAUGGAAAAUGUGGAUUGCAUAUUCCCCACCCUUUUAUUUAGUUGCAAUUCACUCAAAGCUCGUAUGGAUCUUCUCUUCCACACAAGCACGCUUCCAGAGAGAGAGUGGAAGCUAGCUCCUCAUUUUCUUGCUCCAUGCUUCCUCUUCAAACCCUUCUUCUCCUACUCUUCCUCCAUGGCCUUGAAAAUUUCUCACAUUCCAUGUGCCCUUCUUUGCCUCUACCUUCUCUUGCUAGCAUUUCAUGAGUUGCGUAAUUUCAAGUCCAAGAUCAACAACAACAAAGAUCAAAUCAACAACAUAAGCAGUUCAUCAAUCUCUCAUCACCCUUUCCACAAUAGAAAAGUUCUUGUUAGCAAAUUUGACUUCACCCCAUUCCAAAAACAUCGUCAACAACAACAUGAAAACCCUUUGCCUGAUGAAGAGGUGCAUAAGAAAGCAGCUCGAAGUGAGAUUGAUCCGCGUUAUGGUGUCGAAAAGCGCCUUGUCCCUACCGGUCCCAACCCGUUGCACCAUUGAUGAUUUCUUUUCUUGCUCGAUCGAUACUAGUCUUGAUGAUUACUCAGGUGAAUGAGAAAAAGAAAUGAUGGUUAGGGAGAGCUUUCAUAAUUACUUUGUAUGAUGUAAUUACUCAGUAUAAUUUUUGCUUCUUCAC